UUGUCUGGAGUGUCAACACCGUGCAAAUGGCCAUUGCGGAAACUUCGGAACAGAAAAGCAACCGUACAAUACGGCAGAAACGAGAUAUCAUUUCCCAGGGAGAGCAGAUUUUACAGUCACCUAACACUCCUUCCUUUGCCUUUGGAACCACAACCAUUCCAUGGAGAUCAGCACCUUUAUUAGAGGCGUCACCAACUUUAUGCUCGCUCCCAUGUCUAAAUGCAGGAAUAUGUGUAAAUAUGGACCAAUGUGACUGCACUGCAUUUGAGGCAAAUGGAACACGAUGCCAAACAGUUCCCAAUAAAGGUAGCAGUCGUGAUUUGAUCUGCCGAACUUGGGGCCAGUACAAUUAUGAAACAUUUGAUGGACUUUACUAUUAUUACCCUGGAAACUGCACAUAUACACUAGUGAGGGAUUGCACACAAAAUCAGCAGAGCUUCACAAUUCAGGUUCACAAUGACCCAACAUGUCAAUCUUCUCCAUAUACUUGUCAGCGAUCAGUCAGCUUGUUCCUUACAUAUGAAGGGGAAAUUAUUAUACAACGUCAUGAAGUCAUCCACCAUGGACAAAGGGUGCAGCUGCCAUACGUUAUUGGAAACCUAAAAUUUGAACAAAUAGCUGGAUACAUUCUGGUUAGACAUCACCAUGGAUUUUCUCUGGCAUGGGAUGGUAGUUCAGGAGCCUAUGUAAAAAUAAAUGUGGAUUAUGUUGGAAAAGUAUGCGGACUAUGUGGCAAUUUUAAUGGAAAUAUGCAUGAUGACUUAUACACUAGCUAUGGUUUAUUAACAGAAGAAAUAACUCUUUUUGGUAAUAGCUGGAGAGAAGACAUUCCAGACAAGGAACUUUGUCGCGUUAUUCCUGUCAACCACCCAGCACCAUGUUUCGGACAAAGCCAGACAGUAAUUGAAAAAAUAAGACACACAUGUAGGGUGCUUCUUGGAUAUCCAUUUGUCCUCUGUCAUUACCAUGUUCAACCUUAUCCAUACAUGGCGAGCUGUGUGAAUGAUCUGUGCAUGUAUGGACCUGAUAAUACAACAUUGUGUGGAGUGCUGACCGAGUAUGCAAGAGCUUGUGCACAAGCAAAUCAACCAUUACAUGAAUGGAGACAGUUGUUCAACCAGUGUGUGCCCGUUUGUGAAGGUGAAUUUGUCCACCGUGAAUGUGUGGAUUGUUGUCCCGUGUCGUGUGGCCUAGAGCAGGAAUGCAUUGACAGUGAUUUUCAGUGUCUUGAUGGAUGCUAUUGCCCUGAAGGUUCAGUUCAUGAAAAUGGAACAUGUUUGAACUCCACAGAGUGUCCUUGUAUGUUUCAAGGGAUUCCCUAUACUUCAGGCUCUGUAAUUCAGGAACAAUGCAGCUACUGCAUAUGUGUAGGAGGCACUUGGAACUGUACAGAGAAUGACUGUCCAGCGGAGUGCUCAGUAACAGGAGAUAUUCAUUUCAAGACAUUUGAUGAUCGGGUGUACGCCUUCCAUGCUACGUGCCAGUAUAUUCUGGCGAAGAGUCGUAAUUCAGGAAAGUUUACCAUCAGUCUUCAAAAUUCUCAGUGUGGAACAGAUCUAAAUGGUGCCUGUAUUCAGUCAGUGAGUCUAGUUAUUGAUGAAGAUUUGAAGAAACAGGUGACUUUGACUCAUUCAGGAGAGGUGUACCAUUGUAAUAAGUACAGGAUCAGUUUGCCUUAUAAAGAUGAUUUGUUUGAAGUCACUGAGCUCAGCUCCAUGUUUAUGCAAAUUAAGACUGACUUUGGACUGCGGUUGCAAUAUGAUAGAGAAGGGCGGCGGCUCUAUAUCCAGGCAGAUACAAGAUGGAAAGAGGACACCAUUGGUCUCUGUGGAACAUUCAAUGGCAAUAUCCAGGAUGAUUUCUUAUCUCCAGGGGGAAUGAUUGAAAGCACACCACAGUUGUUUGCCAAUUCUUGGAGAAUCUCCACAGCUUGCAACCCAGGUGCCAACAUUCCUGAGGUAGAUCCAUGUGACAUGCAUCAGCAAUCUGCCUCUUAUGCCACAGAGAAGUGUAGCAUUAUCAAUAGCUAUCUGUUUGCAUCAUGCCAUCAGUAUUUGAGUCCAGACUUAUAUCAACAGCAAUGUAAAACAGACACCUGUAAGUGCGGAGAAACUUGUAUGUGUUCUGCUGUGGCCCACUACGCUCGACAAUGUAGAAACUAUGGCAUCUUCAUAGACUUUCGAUCCAAUGUCUCAGAGUGUGCCAUUCAGUGUCCAGACACAAUGAAGUAUGGCACCUGUGUAUCUUUCUGUAACCGGAGAUGCCAGUCAAUAUCUAUGCCAGAAGAUUGCUCUGACGAAUGUGCUGAAGGAUGUGACUGCCCUGAUGGUACAUACUACGACACCAGAACACACAAGUGUGUGAGGAAGAUUUGCUCGGAAGGUAUAAUGCAGGUUCAGAGUCAAAAACAUGAUUCCCAGUGUGGUCCUGGCCAAGUAUACUUUAACUGCAGUGCUCCUUUGAGUGGCUUUGAGACCAGUGUAGGAGCUGGAUGUAGAGAUACCUGCGAAAAUCUGCUCUUAAAUAUUUCAUGUCCGGAAUCCAUGCCAUGUCUGUCAGGAUGCAUUUGCCCACCUGGUCUUGUGAAACAUGAAGAUGAAUGCUUCAAGCCUAAUGAAUGCCCCUGCCUGUGGAAGGGACAGGAAUAUUUUCCUGGUGACCAAGUAAAAUCAGCCUGUUAUACCUGUGUUUGCCUGCAGGGGACCUUCCAGUGCACAUUCCAACCAUGUCCAUCAAUGUGUACAGCUUAUGGAGACCGCCAUUACAAAACUUUCGAUGGAGUUCUUUAUGAUUUUAUUAGUCCUUGCAAGGUCUACCUGGUUAAGAGCCUUGGGGCUUCAAAUCUAUCUAUCAUGGCUGAAAAUAUUGAUUGCUAUGGAAAUGGCAUCAUUUGUCGAAAGGCUAUGUCUAUCACAGUUGGAAAUACUUUAUUGGUUUUUGAUGAUGACAGUGGGAAUGCAAGUCCCUCUCGUGUCAACAACAUGCAGCAAAUUUUACACAUAUGGAAAGCUGGUAUUUUUACUGUGAUUUAUUUCCCUGCUGAAGAAAUUACAAUACUGUGGGACCAAAGGACGACGAUACAUUUGCAGAUUGGACCUAAGUGGCAGGAUAAACUCUCUGGAUUAUGUGGAAAUUUUGACAUGAAAACUGCCAAUGAAUUGAGGACUCCAGAUCACAUGGAGUCACAGAAUCCACAAGAUUUUGGGAACAGUUGGACAGCUGAGGAGUGUGCGAGUAGCCCUGAUAUCCGUAAUCCAUGCAGUGUGAACCCACUCCGGGAGCCGUUUGCAAAGAAGGAAUGUGGCAUAUUAUUGUCCGAGGUGUUUGAGCCCUGCCACCCAGUGGUUGAUGUCACCUGGUUUUAUGCCAACUGCUUGAUGGAUACUUGUGCAUGUAAUCUUGGUGGAGACUGUGAGUGCUUCUGCACCAGCGUGUUAGCAUAUUCUCACAUGUGUUGUCAACAUGGAGUUGCAAUUGAUUGGAGAACCCCCACAAUCUGCCCCUAUGAUUGUGAAUAUUACAAUAAAGCGCUGGGAAAGGGUCCUUACUCAUUGGUCAGUUACUUGGAUGGCAACACAAUGGUGGCAGCCAAUUUGUCAAGUGGUGCUGUUUUUCCAGCUAGAAGAGAAAUUUCUAUUCCAGGAAUAUUGACUCUUUUUAUGCUGACUCCAGGACUGCACUCACCUAAGGCACAUGACAUAUCAUUAGUUUCUUUGGAAGUGGCUGACAAACCAAAUUACUUCCUUCAUACUGUAUUUGAUGGAUCCCUGCAGCUCAGUAAAUGGGAAGACAACAACAUUUUUCAAAAAGAAGCAACGUUUAUAUUUCACAAAGAUGCAUGGGUUUUAGGAUAUGAUGCCUUUGAGUCUUACACAAGACCAGGAUUUUUUGUUCAUCAAAUGGGCUCCUUGCUACACCUGAUGAAAUACAAUCAUUCAGUAAGUUACAGACAUGCUACUCUCUUCCAGCUUGCAGAUGCAAAGAUAUUGUCUCCAGCUCAUUCUACCUGUCAGUGGCAAUAUGAGAUGUGCACCAACUCAUGCACCAGAACCUGUAAAGAUCCCACAGGCAACCUUUGUCGAACUCUACCAAGUGUGGAAGGUUGUGUACCUCACUGUCCGCUCAAUAUGGUGUUUGAUGAAGAUACACAGAGAUGCGUGUAUCCAGAGGAUUGUAUUAGACCAGCAGUUUAUAUUCGGCUGCCUAAACCCACAAGCUCACUGGCAUCACCCGGAAUAUCCACUCCUGCAGCCUUUAAUGUUUCAGUCCAAAAAUUGACAACACCUACCUUAAGCCAGUAUACAGGUUCUCUAAUGGCAAUGAGGACUGCAAAGACCACUGCUUCCACUCCAACAGUAGAAACUCCUAUAGUGACCCAUCUGUCACAAGUUCCAAUAUUGACAACUACAAGCACUUCUCCAAGUCCAUCACUGAUAGGAACAACCACCUUUGUGCAAAAGAUAACCUCUGGAAUGCCACCUGCUACAGAACAAACCUCGGUGUCUAAUUUCACAAAAAGUACAACAUCACCCACUUAUGCAUUCCCAGUUUCUUCAACAAGAGGAAUCACCACCACGACAACAGCUUUGCCUGAAAGGUCAACAAUAAAAAAAACCACAACUACAACUGAAUUACCAGCAAAAUUGCAUUUCCUAUCCACAUCAAUUGAAACAAAGCCUACUACUACAGGAAUAUUAUUGUCAACAGCAUCUGAAACUGGAACAAAAUGGAUGACUACAGUUAAGACAAUUUCUGCUAAAACAGAACAGCUACCAGGGAAGACUUCCUCUUCCACAACUGCAGUAUCUCCUUCAAUAGAAACAAAAUCAAUGACACAAAAAACAUUUCUACUUCCAAUUUCAAAAGUGACCACAGCAUAUUCUACUUCAAAAGAAAUACAACCCACUAUGCUUCCUCCCUUCACCAAGUUAACAACAAAAACCACAAGUUCUAGUUACCCAGUCUCUACAAUGUAUCCCUUCUCUGCUGGAACAUUGUCCUUGUCAACUGAAAAGAGCAAAUCAUCAACUGCAGGAGUCUUUAGAACGUCGGCAGCAACAGUGCACCCAGCACCUGAAAAAUCUACAACAUCUUCUCCAAUAUUAGUUCCAAUAACAGAAAGAAAGGAAACAAUCACAAGAACUACCACUGAACCCCUUUCAACAGAGAGGACCACAACAUUCUCACUGAGUUCAAGAACGCAACCAACAACAAUUCUAUCCAUGGCCUAUCCAGCUUUAACUACUUUAUUUACAACCUCCAAACAAGCUACCCCAACAUCCACUGCUAAGGUUUCUUUAACAUCGUCUACCACAUUGUACUCAGAAAUACCUGCCAAAGCAUCAACAUCUGUAACAUAUCCAUCUACAACUAAAACAAGCACAGCAUUUUCUGGUCACUCAUUUCAAUCAUUAUCUACAAAAGGAUCGGAAACUAGUUCAACUGUGAAAAUAUUCAAACCUGUUUCAACUCCACAGAGCAUGGUAUUGACCUCCAGUCCAACAACAGAACCACAUAUAACAAGUAAAUCAACUUCCCUACAACCAACAACUACACACAAACCCACUUUCAGUCCUUCCCCAGCUGAUCAAAGCACUGCUCCAGUGGAUACUUCAUCUGUUCAAUUAACUACAUCUCCAACUACAAUAGUUCCAACCUCUGUAAGAGUAUCCCCCAUUUCUAUCUCAACAUCUAAAACAACCAUUGCACCCACAGGAACUCAACUUGGGACAACUACAGUUUUACCAACAUUGUUUAUAACAAAUGCAACCUCAGAAACGCCCCAAGCAAAAACUGUCUCAGAGCUCACAUCCACAACCAUUUCACAUGUAAAAAAUGCAACGACAUAUGCUACAUCACUUUUAACAACAUCAGCUGCAGGUACUUCUGUUCGCAGUCCUGCUGAAAAGACAAUAUCUGCAGCAAUGAAAGCAGUCGUAACUAGACCCACAGCCCAUCUGUCUAAAGCACCACUAACAACAGAAACAUCAGUGGCUACAGCAAAUGAAACAUCUAUUACAGGAUUAGUUGUUACAACAUCAGAAGGAGUUACUAGGGCAACAAAAGCUUUUACUCCGACAGCAACUCCUAUUGAAACUAUAGGUGUCACAGGAAAAGCAGUAUCACCUCAGCAGCUUACAGGUACCACAAUACCUGCAUCUGCCUAUUUAAAUAGAACUGUUACCACUGAAAAAAAAAUCUCAGUCAAAGCCGCUUCUUCAACAACCCAACCUUCAAGUACUACUACCACAGAAUCAGUUCCGUAUACAUUACAUACUUUACCUAAUGACACUUUAUCUCCAAUUAUUGUUCCUCAUACAUCGGAGUCUAUAGCAGGCUCAACCAUGUUCUCUGCAAGUGCUUACACAACAGCUUUGACCAUCCCACCAACCAGCCAAUGUGUGAUUCCAUUUCCUCAGGAUCUCGAUGAAUGCAUCAAACAAAUAUGUGUGGAAGGGCAAAUAAUGCAAAUCAAUAGAUCACAUCACUGUCCCUACAUUGUGACUCCACCUAGCUGUGAGCUCCUCGGAUUUGCUGUGCAGGUGAAUGGUGACAAAUGCUGCCCACAGUGGGAAUGUCCAUGUCGGUGUUCCAUUCUCACUAAUCUACACAUAAUUACUUUCGACGGAAGUGGCUUUGGCAUUUCUGGAGCUGCUUCGUACAUUAUUGCUUCACUGGCAAAUGAAACCAUUAUUGUAGGGAUCAGCAAAUGUCUCAGCAACCAGAUGACAACAAUGAUCCAGCCACAUGUGAACUCCAGCUUUCUAUGUCUGACAAAGCUUAACAUAACUCAUGGAUCAAACCACGUCAUUAUUGACAGGCAGUUGAGAAGGCUGAGCAUUAAUUCGAGGUUUAGCUACACUCCAUUCCGAAGAUUUGAUUUUGAAAUCAUAGAUACUGGGAAUAUGUACACAAUCAUGACUCCAGCUGGUAUACACAUACAGUGGUUUCACAAUACAGGGAUUAUGGUUAUCGACACAGGCACAUCCAAUACAAAUCUAGCAACUAUGGGGCUCUGUGGUCACUGUGAUGGAAACCCAAUAAAUGACCUAACCUUGAAAAAUGGCACAGUUCUUCAAAAAGAUGAUGACCCAUUGACCUUUAUUCAAGACUGGACGGUGGCCAGCACAGAGGCAGGCGUGAUGAUGAGUCGACAUUUUGAGGUUAACUGUUCUACAAGCAACUGUUCUGAAUGCUUUAGAAUGCUCCAGAGUGAGACGUUUUCCCUCUGUCAUGCACAAGUUUCACCAGAAAUGUUUUGUGAGCUCUGGAUCCGUGAUUCAUUGUUUAUGAACAGUCAUUGUUCUGCUCUGGCUGCUUAUGUGGCUCUCUGUAACAAAUUUAACAUUUGCCUAUCGUGGAGGAAACCAGACUAUUGCUCCUUUACAUGUCCUGCUAACAUGAUAUACCAGGCUUGUGUACUCACAUGUGAAGCGAAGACCUGCCAGAACAGAAUUUUCUUUCCAUCUGAGGAUGUAUCAUGCUCUAUCCUGAGUGAGGGAUGUGUUUGUCCUGAAGGAACCAUCCUCCAUCGUCUAGACUCCACGUUGUGUAUACCUGAGGAAAAGUGUGCUUGCACCGAUACUUGGGGAUUACCACAUGCAGCUGGUGAGAUGUGGAAUGCCUCACUGGAUGGAUGCUGCAUGUACCAGUGCCUGGACAAUGGGACAAUUAUUACAGUUGAUCACAACUGCUCUUCAGUCCCCGAUCCCAUCUGUCACCGUUCUGGAGAAAUAGUGGUUAGUCUAGCUGGUGAUAAGAGCUGCUGUCCUAAAAAAAUAUGCGCUUGCAAUCAAACAGUUUGUGAGACUUUUGCUCCUCAGUGUACUUAUGGAGAAAGGCUCAUCACCCUUUACAAACCAGACUUCUGCUGUCCUGAUUACUUUUGUGACUGUUUGUCUUCUGCAGAAUGUGAUCCAAGAAAGUGCGAGUCUGACAUUCCAACUUGUCGAGAGGACCAAACUUUAAUUGCUACUCGUGCCGAUGGAAGUUGUUGCUUAGCAUACAUCUGUAUGUGUGGUGCUUGUGCUGACAAAAUUCCCACCUGCCAGAAAGGAGAAAUCCUUAUCGUAAACAACAAUACCACUGAGAUGUGUUGCCCAGCCUACCAAUGUGUUUGUGAAACCAAACGUUGUCCAAAAUUUCAGUGUCCUUCAGGAAUGAAAGUACUUGAGGCCUGGAGUCCAGAUCAGUGUUGCCCAUUUCAUUCCUGUGAAUGUGCUUGUGAUACAGUUCCUAAACCUCAGUGCAAACCGGGAGAAGUUUUAGUUACAGAACAGCAACAUGGAAAUAUCACAGCUGAUCUAUGUGGAUGUCUGCAUUACAAAUGUGUAAAUGACCAUGUCUGUGCUGAUGGAGAAAGGGGUGUACUAUACCCUGGACAGACUAUUAUGGAGCAUACAGCAGAUGGAGUGUGCUACGCCACACAAUGUACCCAUAAUCUGGACAACAACACUGGCUUCUACCAACUCCUUGUUAGAAUGGUCAACUGCUCAGCUCAAUGUGAAAUGAACCAGGUUUAUGUUCCUCCUUCUGACCUGACAACUUGCUGUGGUCAAUGCAAGAAUGUAUCCUGUCUGGUUAACUUUGAGAACAGAACUACUACCCUGCAGAAGCCAGGAACAUCUUGGAUGUCCAACUGUGUCAGGCAUGAUUGCAUGGACACAGUUUCGGGACCUGUCAUGAUCACCUCAAAUAUUAGCUGUCCUCCUUUCAACGAAUCUGUAUGCUUAAAGACUGGAGGAUCUGUUAUAGUUUACAUGGAUGGUUGCUGUAAAAGCUGUAAAGGAGAUGUGAAAUCAUGUCAGAAAGUGGUUGUGCGAAUGACCAUACGAAAGAAUGACUGCAGAAGUAAUAGGCCUGUGAACAUAGUCUCAUGUGAUGGAAAAUGUCCCUCUGCUAGUAUUUACAAUUACAGCAUUAACUCACAUGCCAGAUUUUGUAAGUGCUGCCGGGAAAUUGGCCUACAAAAACGCACGGUACAGCUUUACUGUAGCAGCAACUCUACUUGGGUCAGUUACUCCAUUCAAGAACCCACAGACUGUUUGUGCCAGUGGUCCUAGAGACUAAAUGAAACUGCAUACCUGUAAUUUUAACAAAUAUUUGUGAUGAUCUGUAGUUUGGUACCUUGUGCAAACUACAUGUACUCCAGUUAACCCAGUCUGCACUUGAAAAUCUUCAUCUUUAUUUUGUUUUAAUUUUACUCCAUUUUCUAUGGAUUCUUUGUUUCAGUCCUUCACUAUUCUCUUCUCAGCUGCCUGGAAUAGU